GUUUCGACUCCGCCGCGUACGGACGUGUCGAACGAAUUUUCGCGAACGAAUUCGUAGUGAAUGAAAUGUGGUGUGCUGUGUUGUGAAUUUUAAAGAUUUUGUGCACAGUUUGGAUUUUUGGAUACUGAGCGAAUUGUGAGGAUGUGGUAGUGCAGUGCUAUGUGCGCGUGAGUUGAACAAGAUGGCCGCCGUGUUGCUCGUGUUGUUGCUGGGCUGCGCCGGCGCUUUGGCUGAAAAAGAAACCACAGCGGCCCUAGUAGGGGAGACUGCCCGUAUAAAAUGCCGCAUCGACGCCGCGUCCUGCGGAGAGAUGCACAGCGUCAAGUGGUACAAGGACGACGUCAGGAUAUACGUGUUUUCGUCCACGGGCGCAGCCAUCAAUAGGCCUGAGGGUGACAUGAUGACCAGAAUGUCAAUAAACCACGUGCCAAACUCGACCUUCGCCGAGCUGGUCAUCACGGACGUCCAGGCCUCGGACGAGGGGCUGUACCGCUGCGAGAUCACGUAUCUGCAAGUGGGGGAUGAUUGCAGCACCGUGCAACUGUCCAUCUUCAACACAUACAUAAAACCAAAGUCAGUAGAGCUACUGGCCAUCGACGGUACAAACACGACCACCAUCCAAGACGGUACCACAUUGGGACCACUCGUCAUCUACAAGCAACUCACUGUCGUCUGUCUCGUGAAAGAGGGGAAACCUCAGCCUAAAGUGACGUGGUACUUUAAUGGGAAGGAGCGGACUGAUGCCCAACGCUCAACCCCUGACAACUCAACAGUGCAGCAAAGUUUGGCGUUAACGAUAUCCCGUGAGGAACUGGGUGGUGAACUCAAAUGCUCCGUCACAUCCGAUGCUUUAGAGGAACCCAUUGUCAAGCGAGUCAAACUCGACGUUCGAGUGCCCCCCUCAAAAGUGGAGAUCACCGGUAUUGGAGACCACGUGACGCAGGGGACAACCCUCACCAUGACGUGUUUGGUCAAGGGGGCUAAUCCACCGGCCACAGUUCAGUGGUACAAUGGCACUGCCCUGCUGGACUCCAGACAAGAGGAGAUCAAGAGAGACUCAACCUACGAAACUAUGGCGAACCUCACGUUCACGGUGACUCGGUUCGAGAACGGACGUCAGUUCACCUGCAAGAGCCAGAAUGAAGUCAACAAGAUCAUCAAUGAGGAGCCGCUCGUCAGGACCAAGGAUAUGGAGGUUUGGUACCGUCCAAUAGUCCACGUGAACCCACCCAACUUCACCGUCCUGCAGGACUCUAAGAUCCUCCUCAAAUGCGAGUAUGAGAGCAACCCCUCUCUUCUUACUGACGUUGCAUGGUACAAAGACGACGAAAAAAUCGACGUGAACUCCUCCCAUUACACCGGAGGCACCAUCAACCAGCCAGCCCUCAUCAUCCACAGCGUCACUGGCAAUGACAGUGGCAACUACACUUGUGAACUAAAGAAUGACGUUGGCAAUAGCACUAGUGAUAAUGCCAUCGAUGUCAACGUUUUAUACAAGCCCACAGUCCGCCUAGUAAUGUCAGACCCCAGUCCCAUCAACGAGAUGGACCACAAGAACGUGACCCUCACCUGCGAAGCCAUCGAUGGAAACCCAAGGACCCUGGACGAGGUCACAUGGUACCUCGACAAUGAGGUUCUGAAGAAGCUUCCGGAGUGCAAUGGGACUGAUCCGGCCCUCUGUGAUGAAGUGGACCCCUCAAUGCUGCUACUCCAGGACACAACCAGGAGUUUCCAUGGCAACUACUCCUGUCAGGGCAAGAACACCGCUGGAGAAGGAGAGAGGAGUCCGCAGACUGAACUGAUUGUUAAUUAUCCUCCUGGACCGGCAAAGCUUGUGUACUCCCCAUGGCGUGUGGUCAAGCAAAAAUCCCUUAUCCUGACUUGCAGUAUCGGGGAGAAAGGCAGGCCGGAAGCUCAAAGAUUCCGCUGGCACCGUGGCGGUCGUCUUGUCCCCGACAUCGUGUCCGCUAACUGGACCAUUGACCCUAUUGGCAUCGACCAUAGGACCAACUUCUCAUGUCGCGGCUUCAACGCUGGUGGCGAAGGCCCGCCGGCUACUACGUUUAUCAAUGUGCUUGCUCCUCCCAGUUUCAAAUACGCAAUGAACUACUACAGUGGCGCUUUGUACAAAUCUCAGAACAUAUCCCUAAAAUGCACCGUGGAAUGCGCUCCCCGCUGCAGCGUCCAAUGGCUCAUGAUGAAGGACAAUGAAGAAAUGCAGAUAAUCGAUCCCAAUAAGACUGAUCGGUACUAUAUCGUAGAACGUGAGAUCGGACCAGAAGUUAAUAGAAACGAUUUUGAAGCUACAGAGAGUACUUUAUAUUGGAACAUGUCAGCCUGGGCGGGUGGCGUUUUGGACCGCACGGAUCCUCGCAUCACCAAGUACAUGUGCCGCUCUUCAAGAAACGACGCUGGGCCGGCAGUCAAUAGCACUACGCAUUUUGCUGUCGAAUAUGAACCAGAAAACAUCACAGUGACCCCACAAAUAGUUCCAGUGAUUGAAGGAGAAAUUCCCGGAAAAGUGGUCUGCUCGGCUAGAGGUUUCCCCGUCCCCUCCUACUCCUGGCGUCGAGGGAACGCCAGCAAGUCUCAAGCCAAAGACCACACCAACAGCUCUCUCGUGCUGUCUUCUUCUAACACUCUCCUCUUGGGCCCGCUGCUGAGAAAAGACGCUGGGCAUUACCUGUGUGAGGCGUAUAAUAGACAUGGCGCUGUAUCUACUACGGUGUACCUGGAUGUUAUGUUUGUUCCCGAGUGCGGCAUCAAGCAAGCUGAAGUGGAUGGAGAACAAGUCCUGAUCUGCACUGCUCAUGCUAACCCUAGCGAGGUAUCGUUCUCCUGGAAGCUGAAGAACGACAACGAUUCUCUCUCCGACGAGAAGAUCUGGCAAGUCGGGCAACAGAGCUACCUCCGCCUGCGUCCCGGCGUCGAAGUUCACAGGACUUACCUCUGCUACGCUAACAACAGUGUGGGGAGAAGCAGGGAGUGUGAGCGGGAUGUCCAAGCCAACCUGGAGCCCCUCACUUCGGCAGUUUGGUGGCGGGAUCGUCAGCAACUUAUCCUGAUUGGUUGCAUUGCCCUCGCUAUCUUAGUCAUCACCGUUAUCCUCUGCAUCAUCAUCAUCUGCAUAUGCAGGCGAAUGCGAGCGAAAUCCAAAUGCCCACCUAUGAAUGGCGUAGAUAAUGCACCAAACGGCAACCUUGGAGCGGACAGUCCCGGCCUGUACGAGAAUCUGCCGUUCCACGGGCUUCAACAAGCACCAAAUAAGCCAUUCAAACCCGACGACAUGUUCAUAUAUGCCGAUGCCGACCUGAAGGACUACGGGCCGAUCAACUACAAACAGGCCUCCAUCUACUCCCAGAUGAAGAAGGUGAAGGAACAGCAGCGUAUGCAGGAGAUCUACGAAAAGCAGCAGGAUGAUUUGUUGUGAUUAAAAAAAAAACUUUUUUUUUUUCGAUGUUACCCCUAAAAUCAAAAUGAAAAAAUGCAAAAUCGGUCACAUGUCGAGUGGCGUUCAACGUUUUGUAAUUAACAAAUUCAAAGUUAUUAAUUCAGUAGCUUAGGACAACAGCGCUCCAGUGCCCUAUUUUUCAAAGCUGAAAUGAAAGUUACAAGUUACAACCGGAAGUCUCUUUUCAACUUGUCAUAUUAGACAGUGGGCCACUGGAGCGCUGUUGUCCUAAACUACUGAAUUAAUAACCUUGAAUUUGUUAGUUACAAUUUAAAUUGUCAGGGACAGAUCUGGAACAAGGCGUUUGAGGGGUUAAGGAAGAUAGAAAAAUUCUCACUCUUUUAAUUCACUCAUUCAAGAUUUUACUUUUCACUCACGGAAUUACCAAGAAGCGUGCGAAUUUUUCUAUUCUUUCCCAUUGUGUUUUAUUAUUUUGUAAUUACUUAUCUGUUAAAUGUAAUUUUUUGCUUAUAAUCCAGAAGUGAAAACAUGUGGUUAUGAAUUUGAAGAGAUUUUGUUUUGUUUAUGAUCUGCCAGUAUUAAUAGUAUCUUGUGACAGGUCGUGUCCGAAAUAAAUCUAGAUCAAAUUCAUAUCUUGUUUUUAUACAUAAUUUUGCUUGAUUAAACAACCUGUUGCUGUGUCGUAGCUAUAAAUGGUACUUAAUGUAAAAUGGUCGAUACUUCAUACAAUAUCGAAACUUUAAGGCUCGAUUAACGUAAAAUACAUAUUUCGAUGUAACUUACGCUAAUCUACUCUUAACCUAUUGAUAUUAUACAUCAAGUAUAGAUCUUUCCUUACACGUUAUAUAAAUUGUAAAAUACUGGACUGACAAAUGAACCCCAAAUAUGACGUUUAGCCUAAAAUGUACAGAUUAGCGUAAUAGCUGUAAAUAAUAUAAUAUUUUCACUUCCUCAUCUGACUGUGAACUGAACUCGAACUGAUCUAUCCUGAAUCUUGAACUACUAAUAAAAUAAAAUAGGCAUGCAUAAAAAUCUAAAGGAAAAAAUAACUUAAGACACACUUACGUUUUUCGUUGGCAAAUACAAGGUGCCAAAACAACUAAAUGACUUUGUCAAUUUCUUGACUAUACCAUCGUGUAUUAAAAUCCAAUAUUCUGAAUUUUCCUUGUAAAUAAUUUCUGGAUCCUAAUACAAGUAAGGCGGUAAUUUAAUAGUUAUAUUAUUGUUUUUGUACACGUAGAUUUUUACUUUUGUGACAAUCUUUCAUAAACAGGGUAUUUUGCUGAAUAUGAAAGAAAACACUUAUUCGAAGGUUUGUAAAUAAAAUAGUGAAUAAACUAGCUCUAACCCUUAAUUUCAUAUAAUUUCAUAAUAUGUUAUGUAAUCAUUACUGAUGUUUUAGCUUUAUUUAUAUUGAUCCCAUAUAGUUUUGUGAUUGAUAUUUUACUUUCAAACCUUCAUUGAAAUAAAAAUAAUAUAUAUUUAGAAACUACUGUAAGCCCGUAAAAAAAAUACUUUAAUAAAAAUUUAAAAAUAUAAACUUCAUUAUAUUCAUACUAUGUUUUUAUACGUAACUGUGUUGAUUACAAAUUAAAAAUUGCAUUAAUUUAAUAAGCAAUAUGGGCUUUUAUUUCUUUGACUAUUUAAUAUUAUUUUUAUUUCACUUCUUUAUGCUUUUGUAGAAUAAAAAACACGUUAGAUUUUAUUAUCCGUCCAAACGGGUGAGUCUACAAAAUUAGUUCAAUUUAGCUAAUACCCAUUUAUAGUUAAAAUUGUAAUUAGUUUAAAAUACGCUAAGCUGUAUGGAAUUAAAAGUAAAACCCAUAGAUGAUCAAAUAUAGAUUGUAACUAGUGUUCAGGAGUUAAAUACAAUUUUAAGAUCAUAAGUGGAUUACUAAAUGAAUAAAAAAGUAAUCGUAAUAAAUAAUGGAGUAAUUCAAUUAUUUAUUAUUUAAAGUAAUUGUUUAUAACGAUUGUAGAACUGUCAAAGGAUCAAAUACGAGUAUCUAUAUAUGUUAUAAAAUACACAAAUAAAAUUGUGCAAAUUUUAUACAUUUUCAGGGCCCGUAGUAUACUGGCAUUUAUUUUAUAAAUUUAAUUUAUAUUUUUUGUAACGCUCUUUAUUUAAUGCAACGAAAUACGAAUUUUAAUGUACUUAAUUUAUAUUUUAACAUUGAUUUAAGGUAUAACACCGUUGUUACUUGUGAUAAUAGUACUUGUGACGAACUAUUCUUGUUAAUAACUUGAAAUGUACCAUUAACAGCGAUUAUUUUAAAUAAUCUUUGGUACUUAUAAGUUUUUUUACAUUUAAAUUAUUUAAAAUGAUUAUAAUUAAUUAUUUUCUAACAUUAAGAUAAUGGUUAAAUAAAUAGUAAACACGAUCAAUAUUAAUGUUAUUGGGAAAUAUUUUAAUUAUGAUCAUAAUUAAUUAAUAUUUGUGAGACUAAACCCGAUUAUUAAUUGUCAUACUAAUGUAAAUAAAAUAAUUUAGCUAUGCCAAAAAACUUUAAUUUUUAGCAAUUUCGGCACUUAAUUUGGUGCUUAAUUUUGUAAUUUUGAUGUUAUUUUAAAAGAAAUUACUCAAUUAUAUUGUACUUAACAUGUUAUAUAUAUAUAUAUAUAUAUAUUUAAUCCUGUAAUGUAUCAUUUCUUGGGUAAAAAUCAAUUCCGAUUCUCUUUUUUAAAUUUAAUUAUGGAAUGGAUGUAUGUUACAAUUUUUCUGUAAGCAGAAACAUUUUUUUGUCACAUGUCUUAGAAAGAAAAAUGACACUUGAGUAAUGCAGGACAUUUAAAUAGUAUGUAUUUAUAGGUCUUCAUUCCUGGGUUAUUUAUUGAAACUUGAAUACAUAGGAUCGUUAAUGUAACUAGAGAUUUUGUACAUAAAGUGACUUGUUAUAAUAUUGUCAAAUAGUGUUAAUAAAUUAAUUUAUGGAUUUUUA